UCAAAUCAAAGCUUUUAUUGGAAUUUCGAAGUAAUCAAGGAAAUGAGGAGACCUGGGGAUUUAUUGGGAAGGAGAGGGGGCCAUAGGCAGCUGAAGCAACUUAGUGGAGGAUUGAAAGGACUUCUAGGGCAGUUAUCGGUUGCAGUUCUCGUUCUGUUGAUAUGUACUAUAUCUCUUUUCUCAACGAUGAAAGGAACAAAUCGAGCGGAGCAAGUCAAUGUAGAUGAACUUUGGGAACGUGUUGCUUCAGGUGGUUGGAGGCCAUCAUCUGCUCCACGGUCUGACUGGCCCUCUCCUCCAAAUGAGAGCAAUGGUUACUUAACUGUUCGUUGCAAUGGCGGUCUUAAUCAACAGCGUAGUGCGAUUUGUAAUGCUGUUCUCGCGGCUCGAAUCAUGAAUGCUACACUAGUGCUGCCUGAGUUGGAUGCAAACUCCUUCUGGCAUGAUGAUAGUGGUUUCCGCGGUAUCUAUGAUGUUGAGCAUUUCAUCAAGUCACUUAGAUUUGAUGUACGGAUUGUGGAAAGACUUCCUGAAAUUCAUAAAAAUGGGAAGACUAAGAAGAUGAAAGCUUAUCAGAUUCGUCCCCCAAGAGAUGCUCCCAUUAGUUGGUAUACAAAAGAUGCUCUGGAGAAGAUGAGGGAACAUGGUGCUAUAUAUCUGACUCCCUUUUCACAUCGUUUGGCUGAAGAGAUUGACAACCCGGAAUACCAGCGGUUGAGAUGUAGAGUGAAUUACCAUGCCCUUAGGUUUAAGCCAAAUAUUAUGAAAUUAGGCACUGCAAUAGUCAAUAAACUUCGUGCACAAGGCCAUUUCAUGGCAAUACAUCUUCGGUUUGAGAUGGAUAUGCUUGCAUUUGCUGGGUGCUUCGAUAUAUUUACCCCUGGACAACAGAAAAUAUUGAAGAAGUACCGGAAGGAAAAUUUUGCAGAGAAAAGACUUGUUUAUAGUGAAAGAAGAGCUAUUGGAAAAUGCCCAUUAACUCCGGAAGAGGUUGGUCUAGUCUUGCGUGCUAUGGGAUUUGACAAUUCCACCCGCAUAUACCUUGCAGCAGGUGAGCUCUUUGGGGGAGAACGCUUCAUGAAACCUUUCAGGGCCCUAUUUCCUCGCCUUGAGAACCACAGCACAGUAGGUCCUGCAGAGGUGAUGGCAGAGAACACCCAAGGUCUGCUGGGCUCUGCUGUGGAUUACAUGGUUUGUCUUCUCUCUGACAUUUUCAUGCCCACAUACGACGGCCCAAGCAACUUUGCAAAUAACCUCAUGGGUCACCGGCUCUACUAUGGCUUCCGGACCACAAUCCAACCUGACAGGAAAGCUCUUGCCCCAGUCUUUAUUGAUCGAGAAAAUGGCAAGAUAGCUGGUUUUGAAGAAGCUGUUCGGCGUGUGAUGUUGAAAUCCAAAUUUGGGGGCCCACACAACCGUGUCCGACCUGAGUCUUUCUACACGAAUUCAUGGCCUGAGUGUUUCUGCCAAACAUCACCACAGAACCCUUCUGACAAGUGCCCACCUGAUAAUGUCUUGGAAGUUCUAGAUAAGCGGUUGCAAAGUGAAGGUACUGAUGAUGCCGAACCCAUGAAUACAUCCAAGUUGACAGAUUCUAUGGCUGUAAAAUAAGUUGGGAAUUCAUGGUAUUCGUCAUUCUUUUCCAUGGGGAGGCAAUCUUUUCAGAACAAAUGCUGAAUGGCAUUCUUUUCAGAUCAACUGCUGAAUUAUUGACAGGUUUCUACCAUAAGUUUCAGCAUCGCAGGAAUCUUUUAUCUGGGGAUCAUAUCAUGCAGAAGAGCAUUUGAGGUGAUGUAGGAUUUUGAAAUCUUGAAAGAGCUGAUGCGUGAAUUGUUUGAAUUCUGUAACAUAAGAGAAAGUUGACAGUGUACCUCAUUCUUUUAUCCAAUAGGAG